AUGAGUGGAGCAUCUCAGGCAAAUAAGGGAAAGAAGAGAACCAAAGGACAAAAAGAAAUACAUCAGGAUAACAUAGCAACAUUGGAUUACUACAAAAAAGUUAUCCUAAUUGGCAAUGGAUUAAACAUUGUUUUUCGACUGGUAUUAUCUAAUUAUGAUUCCUCAUUUGGCUGCAUAGCUGGAUGGCUUCUUAUCAAUAUAGCACUUGCAGUAUCCUACUAUACGAUGUCUUCUAUGAGCACACCAGUAUUCGAAGGCAAUACCCUAGCUGAUGCUGGCUUCGAUCUAAACAUGGGAUCUGGGAUGGGAGAGCAUUUGAAAGAUAUUAUUCUACUUACGGCAAUUGUUCAAGUCUCGAGUGCAAUAUGGUUUUACUGCUGGUUCUUGUGGCUUCUGUUACCUGCACGGGCUCUUUAUCUACUGUGGGUAAAUAUCUUGUCACCAUUCUUUUUUGCUCCUGCGCCAGAAGAAAAUAUUGAUCCUAAAAAGCAGAAAAAAUUAGAAAGAAAGGCUAAACGAUAUCAAGCUGCUAGAUAA